AUGGCAGGGUUCCCUUGGGAUGAGGAAGAAUGGGAUGGCCUUUCUUCGGAGGAGAAGCGUGAGAAAAUCAAAGAUUGGAUUAAAAGAAACCGCACCACAGCUGCGAGCAUUGGACUAGGUCUAGCAGGAGCCACGAUAGUCGCUGCCCCUUCCCUGGUCACGGCACCUUUUGUGGGUAUUUUGGGCCUGGUUGGCUUUGGAUCUGGCGGAAUUGUCGGAGGUUCUUUCGCAGCAGGAGCCCAAGCAAUGCUUGGGAAUGUCGUUGCCGGAAGCUGGUUCGCCUCUGCCACGAGCGCCGCCAUGGGCGGCUACGGACUCGCUGGACUUACUACUGCCGUUCAGUCAGCUGGGGUAUACACAUCUGUGGCUGGGCUUGUCUCUGGACUCCUCAAUGGGAAUGGACACGAAGGUGACGAUGAGGAUGGCAAUGCGGAGACCUCUACAGAUGAAGCUGGGCCCUCAACCCCAAAAGGGCCCAAGGAUGACAGAGACGGAUCUGGUGCGGAGAUAACUUCCCGUGCGAGCCAGGAAAUACCACGAGAGAAGGACUUCGACGAGGAGACCACAUUGUUCGAUGACUCCGGCGCCUCUGAUGAAGAUUCAUUCAUACAAGUACCGGAAGCUUCUCCAGUCGGUCGGCGGAUUAUCAUAGAUCUUUGA